CCGUUCGAAGCGAGGCGCGAAAUUUGAACCAAAAGCUCAUUGUAAAUCAAUCAGUGAUGGGGUAAGCAUCCAAGAGCGCAAAAAGUGUCUCACGCGAAAAACUGGCCGAUUUAAACAAUUAAUUGUCCACUGGUGUGAAAAAUACACGUAAAUACACAAAAAUCGGAAAAUGAAAUUGUUAACCCACAACAUGCUAACCUCCAAAUGCAUGAAAGUCGUGACUGUGGGGUACCCGCUUGGUAUUAACGCUUCGGACGUGCGAGUGUCCGAAGUGGACUUCAACCCGGACUUCGUGGCCAAAAUCAUCCCAAAAGUGGACUGGAACGUGCUCUACAAUGCAGCCCAAAGCAUAGGCCAACUGGAGGGGCUCCCGAAGGACGUGGUCGAAAAUUACGAAAACGACCACGAGUUCCUGAAAAAAGCCCAUCACGCCUUGCUGGAGAUCGAUAUAAUCAACGGCGAGCUGAUCUGUCCCGAAACCGGACGGAAGUUUCCCAUAAAUAACGGGAUCCCGAAUUUGUUGCUGAAUGAGGACGAGGUGUAAAUAAAACAGUGAUAGUAACCA